GUCAGAAACAGAGUGCUUGCAGACUAUUCAACAAAUUUUCACAGUUUCGGUACCUGAUAGAAAGUAUAAGGAGGUGUUAUGGAGAACGUUAAUCUACGAGUGCUAAAAGAACCAUUAGGAUUCAUGCGGGCCAUUCAGUUUAUAAUGUCUAUCUUUGCUUUUGCAACUACAUCUGGCUUUAAGAGCCACACUUCUUUUGAUAUUACUUGUCUUAACUCAACAGAACCCAAGAAAGUGGAUUUAAAAUUUGAAUAUGCAUUCAAAUUGAACCAUGUUCCAUUAAGUGUAACUGACUGCAAUGGUGAUAAGAAAAUAGAAACUCUGCCAUGGGAUUUUUCUAGUAGUGCAGAAUUUUUUGUAGCAACUGGAGUGCUGGCCUUCUUGUUCAGCUUGGCUGUUCUCAUCAUUUACAUCUUUUUCUGGUCACUCUAUUCAAACAAACAGUUUUUGCCUAUUAUUGACCUUGUAGUAUCACUAGUCUUGACAAUUUUUUGGCUGGCAGCGUCUAGUGCUUAGGCAAGUGGAGUCAGUUAUCUGAAGUAUUAUACAAACCCUGACCAUUUCUUGAAGUAUUUAACUGUUUGCAAUGACACUGGUGUGUGUAGCACAAACUUCACUGGAAAUUUUGCUUCUUUAAACGUUUCUUUGAUAUUUGGAUUUGCAAAUUUCCUUGUGUGGACUGCAAGCCUUUGGUUCAUAUUUAAAGAAACAAAAUUUCACCAACUGAUUGGUCAACAGCAGGAGUCCCACCCUCCAGCAACUACUCCAGCAGCAAGUGACAAACAUUAACACAAACAGCUGAGGGACCAGAGUUUAUGUGGAGAUUGACAGUACUGUGGAACAAUUAUUUUAAUUUAAAAUGUGAUUUUUGAGGUUUAUUUUCAGAGACUGAUAAAUAUUGUCAUUAAUUUCUUAAUCUAAACAUCAUUACUAAUUUUUUUAUGCAUUUUAUAUUCAAUAUAUUUUUAUAAAGUAAUUCUUAUAACAUCAGAUGAUUGUUUGAAAAAAAUUGUAUUUUUCCUUUGUUGAAUUAACUAAAAUUAACCAUUGUUGUACUAUUGUCCCAACAGUUGUUUACUGCUACACUGUUUCAACAGACUGAUUUUGGUGAGAGGGUGAUUUAAAAAUACAAGUACAGUAAGCAAGUUCUGGUUUUAAAGAUUACAAUAUCUCAAACGACAGUAUGGGAUGAUCAUCGAGUAGAAGUUACCCGAUGAUGACUCAAGUAUGAUUUAAAAUCAGAAAUUGUUAUUGUAUUUUAUCAUUCAGUUCAGUAAGUUCCUCACUAAACGUCAAUCCAUUGUUAAUUCUGAACCAUUGUGAAAAGAAUGACGUAAUAUAUUUAUCAAGUUUAAAAAUGUAUUUCUACUUUUCUGUAGAAUUACAAAUUGGCUGCGAAGUCUUUAAUUGGUAUUAGUUUCCAUACAUUUAAAAAACCUGUGAACAAAAGAUAAUCACGUGAUGGUCGUAUAUCACACGUCGUGAUGGUCGUAUAUCACACGUUGUGAUGGUUGUAUCACACGUUGUGAUGGUCAUAUAUCACACAUUGUGAUGGUUGUAUCACACGUCGUGAUGGUCGUAUAUCACACGUCAUGAUGGUUGUAUCACACGUUGUGAUGGUCAUAUAUCACACGUCGUGAUGGUCGUAUAUCACACGUCGUGAUGGUUGUAUCACACGUUGUGAUGGUCAUAUAUCACACAUUGUGAUGGUAGUAUCACACGUGGUGAUGGUCGUAUCACAUGUUGUGAUGGUAGUAUCACAUGUCGUGAUGGUCGUAUCACACGUCGUGGAACAUAUUUCUCUUUUAAUGACGGCUAAGAAGAACAUUUUACAGAUUUAGUGAUGAGUUUUCCAUAAAGCCUGAAGUGUAUCUUUCUAACAUUUUGAAAGAGAAAUGUAUUCCAUUUGUUAGUUUAUGAACAUUUGUUUAUAUUCUUAUACAAGUAAGUGAAAUUGUUGCCAAAAAAAACAAACUCCAAGGAUCCCCUCUGGGAGAGGAGUGUCUGGUGAAGUUAUACCUUACAUACAUGUUUGUACUUAAAUACAUUUGUUUAAUUUAAAGUUUGUAACGUAUCAAUCACACUUGAUAGUUUCCUCGACUGUGACAAAGUUUCCAAUGUAUUCUUUGAGUCAGUUAUAAGUUACUUAUACAAUUGUUUUUUAUUUGAUCAUGCAAGGUUCUUAAAUAUGUUUAUCAACUGAGUAAAGUAAUGAUGAAAGUUUGACUUUUUGGAGAGAGAACUUUAAAAGGUUUCAGAUUAAAUGUGUUAUAUUCAAGUUUAUUACCCUAGGUAUUGGGUUAAUAGAUUGUUAAAAGUGUGAUAGUUAGUGCCUAUAAUCAACAUCUUUCAAUGUGUUAAUAUAAUGAACGUAUAAUGUAAGUAUGGUGUAAACCACAGUUUGUUCUACUGUUCAUUAUGUUAAGAAAUAAAUAAAACAGGAAAAAAUUCUGA